AUGGGUUCGUUCAGACCCCGGCCAUGUCACCUUGGUCUACUGUCGGACAGCAAUAGCUCAUCGAGUUGACUCUCUCCAUAUUGCAGCUACUCCUUCAUCCUCGACACCGUCGGCCAAGAUUCGACCGUUCAAGGCAUCGAGUGACCUAAAGGUUUUCCGAUUCCUGCUGGGAGCCCAGCUUCAGGAGCCGUAGGUCCAGGAUCUACCAAGCAUCCUACAUGAAACAUAACAGAUGAUUCACCGCUUUCCCAAUCCUCCACAGUUCGGCCAGUUCCAACUCGGCCGCGCUCUUCAGCCCCCUCGGCUUGCUCGGAUGGGCCGUCCUGACCCAAUUCUUCGUCACCAUGAUCGGCAAAGGAUGGCCGAGUUCGCUGCGGUACCUCGUAUCCAUGGGUCGAUACCCCGUACCGGCCUAUCACGACAGCUCUUUGAUCCAUCACGGCACCGAAUGGCUCACGUCCUUGCCUCUGUUCAUCGCCCCACCGAUUAUCCUGCUCGCGCUCUUUGAAAUGGUCCACCGCCCCCGGUUCGAGGACGAGGUCCAGCGUGCGAUCGGAGAGGAGGACAUGCGUGAUAUCGAAGGCUACUAUGGCACUGCCGAAAAGACGAACGAUUCCGAAACGGGCAGGAAGGGGGCUUGGGUCCUCGAGUACGAUCAGCGCAUCAUCGGUCUCGUCACGCUCGACGGUCGCAAGCCAGGCCAGAAUUUGGACUCGGUCGUCGACUUGACCGUGGACAACAACGACAAGAUCGAUGGCCCCGAAUCGGCCCAGUCGACUGCUGCCGAUGCGACGACGGGCACCUUGCUUCGUCAGCGCAACUCGAAGAUAUCUGAUGCCCCGAGCCUUUCUCUGACUCCCCCGACCCCCUCGCUCGGAACACCCCCUUCGACCAAGCCUAUCGCCUCGACUCCUUUACCUAAAGGUGUACUCCACAUUCGUCGAUUCGCCACCUCGCUCUCGUUCCGACCUGCGGACAUCGAAGACGAUCUGCUCGAUUUCGUCGCGGACUACGCCUUUGAAUCCCCCGAGACGACCAAACUCGUCAUCGCUUGCCGACCCGUGCCCGAAGCUGCUUUCGCUCGGCGCCUCAAGAAGAACAGUUACCAGGCCGUACCCAAAGGAUCCGAAUUGGAGGUCCCCAUCAUUGGGAAAUCCACGCAUCCUCGACCUAGGUCCGGGUUGGACAAGGUGGUGGCGACGAUUUGGCCGAUCAGUCUGGAACCGAGGACGUUCGUCUUGACCCGGGAAGCGUACAACAAGGCCUUAGCCGCAAGGCAAGACUGA